UCAAGUCGAAGCAGCGUGGAAACUUCUGGAGUGCCAUUAAAAAUACUACAAACUUCGUAACAGUGCCACAGGCGGCUGCGACUUAGGCUUCAAGAGGCGUUUUGACUUGUGAGUUGCCAAAGAUCCACAUCAGCUUCAACGCACCAACCAAACCAAGCAGAGCUCACUCACUCGUGGGCUACGAGCUGUUGCCCACUUCACAACUAGCUCUACGGCAGCGGAAGAUCUAGGACUUCCUCCUCUUCGUUGAAUCAUGUUCUGGUCUGCGGCGCUAGAUCUGAAGACGCAACGGCCGCUGGUUCGUCCGUCCUACGGCUCCUUCAGUCGCACUUCCAGCAGCAGUAGCUUCCGCAUUCCGCAGAGCAUCCCGGAGCACCAGCCUGUGUCGCAGUUCACGUCCCCAUUGCCGGACCAACGUCGGGUUGAGGAGUAUGUCGAGCGUCCCGACACGGCCUUCGCGCGUACACGGGCGUCGCUACAGCUCUCGGAGCGCACCCAGACUGCACUUAAGGUACUUUUGAAGGGCGAGCGUGGGCGUAACCGUGGGAAUGCCAAGUUCGCCCCUGACAUGUACAGUAUGAGUAAGAUCAGCGGCUACAGUGUGCUGCAAGCGCCAAUGAAGGAGCUCCCCGAACGCACGCCACUGCUAAAGGCGCAAGCACGUGCUCAUGGUCAAGAAGAGCCUAAUCCGCAGGAGAGCAGCAACGAGCACAACUACUGGAUGCAGGAGUUGGAGCGACGACGCGCCGGUCUAAAGAGAAGCAGACGGCGCACGUGCACCCCAAUGUCGGAGAGAGCCACCACGUCUCCCCUCAAAGUGGGUGCGGUCAUGUGCUCUGUGCCGCUGGUGCUCGUGCUGGGUUUCAUCCUCUUUGUGUUUGUAUUCGGAGGUGCAACUGACGCGCCCCUGGACGUCGUGAGCAAUCUGCUGGGUAUUGGCAGUGACGACGCAGAUUCGAUUGCUGCAAGACAUGUCGCUGCUGCGCAAGACAAGGAUGGCAUUGCAAGAACGUAUGCCCGUGCUCCUGAAGAGAAACAAGUGGAUAAAGAGAGCGCUGUUAUGACAUUGGACGUGUCGACAAGACUGCGCGGUGCGAAGGCGAGCGAAUGAUGAGAUGUGGACGGAGUGAGUUACUGAACACAAAAUUAUAAGAAGAGCUGGCGAGCCGAGCCGAGCUUAGCUUUGUGUGUUAUCUCGCAACUGACCUGAAAACAGGAGCGAGACAACCCAGUUUGCGAGUUUGGUGGGGCUAAAGCCGGAGAGUAAAACAGGCAAAUUAUCUGAUAACAAGAGUGUGACAAUUCGACACGU